AUCAUAAUCGAAAACGAAACAUCGAACAUACAUACGUCUACAUAAUCUCUUUCUCUAAUUCAUUACCACGAUGAAAGUUAUUGUGGUAUAUGCAAGCGAAACCGGAUGUGGCGAGGCCCUGGCUUACACUACGUACAUCGAACUGUAUAAAAGAGGGAUAGAUGUCAAGGUUAGGUCUGCUUGUAUGGUCACACUGAGGUACCUCGUUGCAUUUGAUAGAUGUAUCUUUAUAGUUUCAACCGCUGCUUUUGGGGAAUUCCCUCACAACAUACAUCCGUUAGUUGACGCAUUAAGGAAAAGGAAGGCUUGCCUUUCGUUAAGUUACACAAUAUUCGGUCUGGGAGAUUCAAAAUAUCCGUUGUAUAACUACGCUGCAAGGAGGUUAAUAUCCGUAUUGAAUAACUUUGGUGGUACUUGCUUUUAUCCACCGGGAUACGGAGAUGACCAACAUCCACUUGGUCACCUGGGAGAGUUUAUUGCGUGGUUACCCGGCUUGUGUAAAUGGUGGAAUGCAGAAGUGAUUUAUGAACCAAUGCCCAUGAAAUUUGCGCUCAAAGUUGUUGGCCUUGAUAAACGAAUAAAGGAAGGUAGGAUAGAUAUCAAGGUCAAUAUGGGUACCAUAAAAUCAAACGAACUCAUCACGCCUGAAGUUUACUUCAGUCCUGUCAGAAACAUAUUGGUUGAUUUUUAUGGGCAACUUUAUGAUAUAGGGGAUGUAUGUAGGUUGUACCCUACAGGUAACGCUGAUGAGGUUGCUGAGGAUCUUAAAUCCCUUGGAUAUGAUCCCGAUGAAGUUGUUUUGAUAAAACGAAUGCCAGAUGGCUUUGAAUUUAACAGGGAUUUGGAAAUCCUAGUUGAAGGAAAUAAUUUUGAUAACGAUAAUCCAAAUCGCUUACCAUUCGAGGGUAUACCGAUUAAACUACAAAGACUUUUCACUGAGUUUCUCUGUCUGAGGAAUGUAUGCACACAAUGGCAAAUGUACAUUAUGGCUGCAUUCGCUAGGCAGGAAAUUCAUAAAAACAAAUUGUUAGAGAUGUCGGCAUUUACAAUUGAUGCAUGUGUUCAGUAUAAUAAUUACUGCAAAGAUGAAAAAAGAACCUUAAUAGAGGUGCUUAAAGACUUCCAUAUGACUAAUCUCCCAUUGAAUGUCCUUGUAAACAUUGCUACGCCGUACUAUCCAAGAUUCCUUUCGAUUGCUUCAUUAGGAAGCACCAUCGGAAUUGGGAAAUUCUUCGAUAAUCCCUUGAGCCCUUCGCUAGGAUCGAUUUCAUAUCGUUGCUUCAAAAAGUUCUUGAAUCAAUCAAUGGCUAAUACCGGAAUCAUGGAAUUGUACGUUGGUGAAGUCGUACACCGCACACCCAACGGCCGUAUAAUUAAGGGGCAGGCUUCUGAAAUGCUUUAUAAAGGUGUCCCAGGUAACCGGUUCAGGUUCGAUUUUGUAAACCAUGGACUAGCAAGGAGGAUAUUGAAUAUAAACAAACCAGUGUUGUUCAUUUCCACAGGUACAGGUCUUGCCGCCUGUAAACCUUUACUUGAAAGCAGAAUACAGAUGCAAAUAACAAUGUGGAAAGAACACUUCACACGUCCGAAGUUCAGGGAUCUUGCUUUCUUUGGUUACAGAAACCGGAAAGUAGAUCAACUGUAUGUGUCUAACUUUAAGCUACUUAAUCUCUGGUGUGAUGUUCACAUACUGUACUCAAGAGGAAGCAAACAAAAGGUUUAUGUCCAAGACGGCGUAGCCAAGUACCCACAUAGGGUACUGAACAUUCUGAUGAACGGAACAGUAAUUGUUACCGGCAGAUCAAACCCUAUGCCAAAGGAAGUUAUGCAAACCCUUAAGAAUAUACUAGUUGAACACGCGGGUUUUGAAACGAAAGCAGCUGAAGAGUACAUCGAAGAUGCAAUAUUAGGAGGUAGGAUUGUCUUAGAAACAUGGGGAUGAGACAUUAAGAACUGAAUUUAGUAGUAUAUU